UUGAGCACCCAAAAACUUCCGCUUGUACUGUUCAUCAUUUUACGUUCACCAUCGACGUAUGCGGGUGAUGAUGUCAAACGAAACACGACCUGACAUCAUCUCUCGCAUACAUCAAUGGACGUAGCGUAAAAGACAGAAAAGCCACAUUGGAUCCCGUGA